AUGGGUAAUUCAUGUGAUUAUGAGAAUGGAAAGAUUGUGGUUUCUGGCUUCCUGAUAGAUCAGAGUGGAAACAAUGGAGAUGAAGAAGUUUAUAAGAAGGUACAAGAUCAUAAAGAAGAAGAUAAGGAUGAUACAGAAAGACAAGAUGAUGAACAAGAUGUAGAUGAUGAUGAAGCAAAAGAUGAAGAAGAGGAUGGUGAAGAAGAAGAUAAGGAUGAUAUAGAAGAACAAGAUGAUGAACAAGGUGUGGGUCAGUGGACACAAGAAGGUGAUGAAGCAGAAGAUGAAGAAGAUAAGGAUGAUAUAGAAGAGGAAAAUGUUGAAGAACAUGAUGAUGAACAAGAUGUGGAGGAAAAUGCAGAAGAAGAUGAUGAUGGAAAGGAAGAAGAUUGCAACAAUAACUUGUAUAUCAAUGGUAGCUCAUUUGAUGUUGGACGUGAGGAUUCUUGGGCUAAUGAGUGCCCAAAAAAUCUCCAGAUAAAUAGUGGAGAAGACCAAGACUUAUUAUGUCAAGAUGAUCAAGAAGUAAAUGAGCGGGAAGAAGACCAUCAACAAGAAGAUGAUGAUGUAAAAGAUGGUGCAGAAAAUGAUGAAGAAGAAACAGAUACCCAAAUAGAAGAGGAUGGGCAAGAAACUGAUGGCAAUGAAGCUAACCACAACAAUAGCGAAGUAGAUAUCACUGGCAGUUCAUCUGAUGAUAUUUUGAGAGAGGAUAGAAAUGUAGGCAUAAACAAUGGAGAUGAACAUGAUGUGGGCCAUUGGGAAAAAGAUGAUGAAGAAUAUGAGCUUAAAGAGCAAGAUGAUGAUUGUGAGCACAGUCCUAGCACUAGCUAUGUUAAUACCACUAUUAGUUCAUCAAUUGGAAGUGGGCAUGCUUUGGCUCUAGAAUCAUCUACAUAUAAUGACAUAAGCAGCAGAGAUGAUCAAGAAGCAAAUCCACAUAGGCAAGAUCAUCAACAAGAAAAGGAUGAUGAUGAAGAAGAAGAAGAUAGGGAUGAUGCAGAAGAGGAAAAUGUUGUAGAAGAAGAAGAUACAAUAAUCUAUAUAUUAGUGGAUUCUUUGUCUUCUGACUUGUCAAUAAAUGAAAGCCUAAGUAAUGUAGAUGAAGAGGAUGAGAAAAAGAAUGAUGGCAAUGAAGCUAACCCCAGAGAUAGCGACGUAGACAUCACUGGCAGUUCAUCUGAUGAUAUUCUGAAAGAUGAUUCUUUGUUUUCUGACUUCUCAAUGAAUGAAAGCCUAAGCAAUGGAGAUGAACAAGAAAGAGAUCAAUGA